AUGGGCUGGAAAUCUUCCACAACGGGGGUAUUUCCGGGCGUCCAGAGCGUAGAUAGAAAAUGUGUUCCGAAGCUAGAUCUGCAAGAUUCAACUAUCGUAGUGAUUGGCUGUGGUCCCGUUGGACUAUGUGCCAUUGUUGCUGCGGCAGUGCUGAAGCCAAAGCAUCUCUUUGCUGUGGAUAGUGUUCAGAGUAGACUCGAUCAGGCUGCGAGGCUUGGUGCCGAGCCUCUCAACUUCAUGGAGAGCAGGGAUGAUAUGAUCGAGCGCGUAAAGUCUGUCACUGACGGCAGAGGCGCUGAUAUAGUGGUGGAAGUGGUCGGGCUCUCGCCUGCCCUUCGAACUGCAUUUGACCUGGUUCGCUCAUUUGGUGCUAUUAGCAGCAUUGGUGUCCACAACGCAGAGAUUCCUUGGUCAGGCAGUGAUGCGUACAAUAAAAAUGUCCGUCUACAAAUGGGACGGUGCCCAGUAAGAAGCAUCUUUUCCGAGGCAAUGGAAGUUCUCAAGCAAGAACAGGAUUCUCUUAGCUUCCUAUUUGAUAACAUUCUUCCUCUUUCAGAUGCGGUACGAGGUUACGAAUUGUUCAAUGAGUCCAAGGUUCAGAAAGUUGUUUUCCAAGUCUGA